GAAUUCACAUUGAUUGGAGUUGCGGCUGCCUUGAUCGGUGCUCGAAUCUACCUGCGAUUGGUCAUUCAGGAUCUUCCCCUUAUCACGAGCGACAUUCUUGUCUGCGUCGCAUGGGUCUUUACUGUAGCAUCCGCUUCUUACGAUAUUGUCUUUCAUAAAAUGGGGGUAUUACAUUCGCACGUUGCCUACACCCUUGAAGGAUAUGACGGAACUCCCGAGGAUGUAGAACUGCUUACUAACUAUUACACUCAGUUGCAAUGGAGUGGCCAGUUUCCCUUCUUCACAGCCUUCUAUCUCUGCAAGGCGACACUUUUAAGCCUAUAUGCUCGUUUCUUCCCGAUUUUCAUGGAAACUCGCCGCAAGAUCUUGUGGUGAACCAUGGUUUAUUGCGGCUGUGCAUAUGUGACCAAUAUGCUCACGAUACUUCUGAUCUGUAGGCCAGUGCAAGGAAACUGGUCACAGGAUCCGGCAGUCGCGUGUAAUCCAAUAGUGUUCGCCCAAGUAUUCCAGAUCGCUUGGGCGUUGAACUUUGCCGCGGAUUUGAUGAUAUUCUGUCUUCCGUUCUUAGUAUUGUACCGGUUACAGCUGCAAAAGAGUGUCAAGAUCAGUGUUUACUGCACAUUCUUUCUGGGAGCCAUCAACUUAGCAGUCAGUUUGGCACGGUUCCUGGGUAUCCAGGUGUCAGUGACAUCUUUUCGCUCCUUCACACUCAUUGAGUUGUGGAGUGCUCUUGACUUGCAAGUCGGUCUAAUGAUUGCUUGUCUACCGACGCUACGGCCAUAUCUAUCCUACAAUUGGGGAAUAUGGCCUUUCCGCUCAGCAACACAAACCCCCAAAAGCUCCAGCAACCGUACAGAGCUUUCCGAGCUUUCCGAGCUUUCUCAACAAAACGAUCAGCCAAUGUCACAAAUUCGAAACAUCGACGACCUAGCCUUAACGGAUAAUGUCAACAACAACGAUGGACAGAGUGGGGAUAAUUCGAACGGCGAUCUCGAAUCGUCAGCUUUGGGAAGCCCUAAAUCGCCAGCGUCGAUGCUUCGCAGUAAUCACCAAGCAAGAUGAAUCAUGAGCUAUGUUAUUUGAUAUUCACACUAGUUAAGCGAAUAUAAUGAGAUUCACUAGAAUGGAGAAGAGACCGAUUAG